GUCUUGAAUUCUCAUCCACUCCGCAAAAAAUUCAACUUGAAGCUUUUUGGUAUAUAGAAACAGUAAUUCCAAUCAAACACUAAACGCCAAAAAAACCAUUACGUUAAAACCAAACCAAUUCCCUUCCCCAUAAACCCAACGAAACGGCAAAGAUACUACUAUCAAACACAUCGUACUCCUCACUCCAGCUAAUAACAUAGUUCUUUACACCUAUAAAUAUACACACAUAGUUAACCGUUGUUUCUUCAAACCAUAGGUUAUAUCAUUUCUUUAUUGAUAUAAUAUAUAGCACAACGUAACAUGGGUUCGUCUAGAGGUGAUUCAGCAUCAUGGUAUUGUGCAAUAGCGUUAUUGGGCAUGAUAUUAUUGGGAUCAAUAAGAGAAAGUACUGUGGCUGAAUUACAAGUUAGAGGGAAUAGCCUUGGUGAUCACAAAGCAUGUGAUGAGAUAUAUGUUGUGGGAGAAGGUGAAACACUCAACACAAUCAGUGAAAAGUGUGGUGACCCGUUUAUUGUAGAGAGGAAUCCACAUAUCCAUGAUCCAGAUGAUGUUUUCCCUGGUCUUGUUAUCAGAAUUAUCACUCCCACCAAUACUAGGAAAUUGUUGAAGACCUAGAUAGAGAGCAUAUAUUAUAAGCUCAAUUAAUCAUCUAGUAAGUUCUGUUUUUUUUUUGGUGAGUGAUUGUAUACAAGUUUUCUAAAGGUACAAUAGGAUAAAAGAAAAAGAAAAUUAAUGGUUUGAUCUGUAUUUUAAUUUUUCUUUUUUUUGAGAAUUUGUAAUUUUAUAUAUGUAAUUAUUAUUAUUGUUUAUUGACUAAGAGAUAUACAUCUUGGACUCGUGAUUUGGUUGGUGUGGUAAGCUUGAUAAUUAAAGCACUUCCUCUUCUACUA